AUGAUGAUGAUGCGUGGUGAUGGUGGAGGUGAUAAUGAUAAUGGGGAUUAUGAUGAUAAUUGUGGCAGAAAAGAUGGUGGUGGUUUUGGUGGUGUGAUAGUGGUGGUAGUAAUGUCGAUGGUGGUGGUUGUGAUUGUAGGUGGUGAUGAUGACAGCUGUGGUGGUAAUGAGGAUGGUGGUGAUGGUUGUAAUGAUGAUCAUUGCGUUGAUAAAGAUGGUGGUGUUGGUGGUGGUAAUGAGGAUGGUGGUGAUGGUAAUGUUAAUGGUUUUAGGGAUAAUGAACGUUGUGGUGAUGAUGGUGAUAAUGAUGGUGAUGAUAGUGGUGGUGGCAAUGGUGAUGAUAAUUGUUGUAACGGUGAUGAUGGUUGUGAUUGCAAUGAUGAUGGGUCUAGUGGUUGUGAUGAUGUUGUUGAUUAUAAAGAUGUUUAA